CUUUUGCUAUCUUUUGCUAAUGUUGAGGGUGAGUCAAGUAAAGCUGCAGCAGGACAAAGAAUUGUAACUCAGUAAUGAAGGACUUUAACGGAUACUGUGUUUCCUUUGCUGGAGUGCUGAUGUUUGGUGUUUUUCAGGGUAUGUGUGGUGUUUUGGCAGACACAGUGAUGGUGCUUAAAGCUGGGAGCUCUCUGGAUCUUCCAUUCCAAUAUCCAGUAGAAUCAGUGUUAUCGGUUCAGUGGAGCUUCAAUAAGAGCAUUUUUGCUGAAUGCAGUACAGACAAAGAAUACACAUUUCUGGAAUCACAGUUCAAUGGAAGAUUAAAGAAAGAAUAUAACAGAAUUGGAGUAACAAUAGAAGAUCUUCAACCCUUAGAUUCUGGGACAUUCUUAGUGGCUGCAGUUAGCAUUAUUCCAAGGCAUCAAACACAAAUAUUUAAAGUUCUUGUUCAAAUAUAUAUGUAUACUGUGCAGAUUGAGAAGACUUGGUUGAUGUCCACAAACAGCUGUGAUAUUCAUGUGAAGUGUGCAGCGCUCGGAGCUGAGAGUGUUUCCUAUCUGUGGAGUGGAUAUAAGACUGCAAGUGGAGCUCAUCUGCAGUUCAGUCUUUCACCAGCAGAAGGAGCUGUUACACUGAACUGUACUGCAGCUAACAAUGUCAGCUCCAGUUCUGCUACAGAGACACUGAACUGUACCGAAACCCAAACAGAAGCUCCACUGUCAGUACUUAAACUGAUCAGUAGUCUAGUGGCAGCCUCUCCAUAUCUGCUGGUGACCAUCAUUCUUGGUGUAAAAUAUUACAAAGCUUGGGGUCAUCAUGACAGCCAGCAUGCUGUAACAGUACCUGAGGAAUGAGGUCUUGGGGCUUUUUUGGUUCUCAUUUCAAACCUUUACAAUUUGUUUUUGUUCAGUUCAGUGGAUCAUUUAAGUUUUUAUUAAUGACAAUAAUAUAUUUUAUUUACACUCAGAUGUCAGGAGCACUGCAGGGUUUACUGUUCUUUUAUUUUGAACUUUUCUGGAAUCACUGUUGGAGCUGCUAGUCCAGCUUAGGUGUCACAACAAUCCAUCCCCUUAUAACUGAUGAGAAAGCCUCCAUUUUCAUAUUUCCGCAAGCUCUCAGGUUCCUCAUUACACUAACGUUUACAGCAUUUGGCUCAGGGGUCCAGCAGUGGCAGCUUGGUGGACCUGGGAUUCAAACGUUCAACCUUCUGAUCAGUAGUCCAACACCUUAACCAUUUAGCUACCACAUCCCAAGGUUCCUCUUCCAUUUCCUUUGUAUUUCACCAGAUUCUUGUAUUUCCUCCUUUGUAUGUUGAUAUUAAAUGAUUUCAUUACCACUGCAGUAUUUUGCUCCUUUUUAUUCAUGAAGUCUAUUUGUUUUACUCUACAGUUUAUCUGAAAAUAUCUGGAGGUCACACAGGAAUUUUGUUCUUUUCUACUGCAAGCUGUGAUUCCUAUCAUUAUUUACAUUCACUUUUAUCUGUCACUGCACACAAUCGCCAUGUUUACUGCACACAUUAUCAUGUUUUGUGGUAAUUAACUACACUACCAGUCAAAAGUUUGGACACAUCUUCAAAUUCCGUGGUCUUUCCUGAUGUUUAUUUCUUUCUACAUUGUAAAACAAUGCUGAAGGCGGCCGAAAUACACAAUAAUCUCGUUUGAACAGUUGAUAUUGAGAUAUGUCUGCCACUGAUGCUCUGUAAAGCCUUCAUAACGGCUCUAAUCUGAGGUGCUGUUAAUUGGUGAUUUCUGAGGCUGGUAACUCUAAAUGAACUUCUCCUCUGCAGCAGAGGUAAGUUUUGGUCUUGCUUUACUGGGAUGGUCUUCAUGUGAGCCAGUUUCAUCAUGGUGCUUGAUGGGUUUUGCAAAUGCACUUGACAAUACUGUUCUUGCAAGAACUACUCCAGAACACCUGACCUUCGUGUCUUAAAAUAACAACUGACUGUUUUUUGUUGUUGUUACAUAUGGAUUAUUUAAGUCCAUGUGUGUUAUUUCAUAGUUUUGAAAUCUCCAGUAUUGUUCUAGAAUGUAGAAAAUAAGUCACUAAACAAAAAACAUUGUAUUAGAAGGUGUGUCCAAACUUUUGACUGGUUGUGUAUGUUAUCUGGUUUGUGUAAUCUGAUCAAGUACUUGUGAACAAAGGAGGAUAUUGAAAUCAGAUUAUCUUUAAAUGUAUAGAAAACUUAUUUUAUUGCAUGU